CCGCAGGAGAGGCGCGUGGAGUCAGUGUCAGGGCGCUCCGAGGGAUCACAGCUUGAUCACUCUGCACGCAUUCACACGCUCAACCCCAGUGUUAUGCAUCCUUUUAAGCCAAAUAAGAAAGGGGGAAUACUUUCGCGCGGUGUUUCCCUGUCUGGCCAUCGUGUCUCGUCCACGGGUGGCGGAUCUUUGUUGUGUUUGGUGUUUUCGAGUGAACAGUGAGUAUUACCGGAGCGCUCCAGUCUCCAGAAAUCAGCGGUGUGUUUGACUUUCUCGUCCGGUAUGGCCUCAUCGCGCCAGGACUACAUUGCACCGUGGUGGACCUACUGGCUGCACAAUUUCCCGCAUCUUAAUUUUAAUUUCCAGACUGUUGAUAAAACGUUUAAACCGGAGGACGCCAGCUAUCAGCAGUCUCUGAUCUUCCUGGCCUGUGUGUCUGCGGUGGGUCUGGGCUUGAGUCUGCUGGUGCUCUCCGCUUUUCUGACCUGCCUGUGCUGCUGCCGUAGGGAAGAGAAUGAGGAAGUCAAAAGGCCCGACACCUGCUGUGUCACAUGGGCUGCUGUUAUCACCGGUUUGGUCAUAUGUUCAGCGGUGGGCGUGGGUUUCUAUGGAAACAGCGAAACCAACGAUGGAGUUUACCAGUUGACUUACUCCAUUUAUAAUGCCAAUCACACACUGGGUGGCAUUGGCAGUCUGGUGGGAAACUCAUUGGGUAGUAUGCAGGUCGGACUGAAAGAACACCUGGAGCGGUUGGAUGAGAUAUUUUCUCCACGGGGAGACUACACUCAAACCUUGCGCUUCAUGCAGCAGAUGGCCAACAACAUUAUCCAGCAGCUGACAGCCAUGCCAGACACAAGGAAGGUGCAAGUGGAUUUGGCAGUCAUCGCGGAUAAAACUUCAUUCAUAGAGUACUACAGAUGGUUAACAUACCUGCUGCUUCUGAUUUUGGACCUGCUCAUCUGUCUCAUAACAUGUCUGGGAUUGGCAAAGCAGUCUCGAUGGCUGCUCGCAGUUAUUAUGGUGUGUGGCGUACUGACCCUGAUCAUGAGUUGGGUGUCAUUAGGUGCGGGCACAGCCACAGCUGUGGGCAUCAGUGACUUUUGUGUCUCUCCUGACAAGUUCAUUGUCAAUCAAACCAAAGACUCCUUAAGUGCAGAUAUAGUGCACUAUUACCUUUACUGCAGCCAGAGUCUUCCCAAUCCGUUCCAGCAGUCUUUGACCGUUUUCCAGAGGUCUUUAACCACCAUGCAGAUACAGGUGCAAGGUUUGCUGCAGUUUUCUGUUGCAGUGUUUCCCACAGCAGAGAAAGAUCUUCUAGGAAUUCAACGGAUCUUGAACUCCUCAGAGUUCAAUUUGCAUCAGCUUACCGCCUUGCUGGACUGCCGUAGUCUGCAUAAAGACUAUCUGGAGGCUCUGCUGGGUGUCUGCUAUGAUGGUGUGGAGGGGCUCCUGUAUCUCUGCCUGUUCUCUCUGCUGGCAGCCUGUGCCUUCUGUGCCCUGCUGUGUGCCGUCCCACGUGCCUGGACCCUCAUCGCCAUCAGGGACAAGGAUUAUGAUGAUAUUGAUGAGGAGGACCCCUUUAACCCGUCGAGACGCAUCACAGCGUAUAACCCCAGCCGAGCUCAAGUUCACAGUUUCUGCAGCUACAGCAGCAGCAUGGGCAGCCAGACGAGUCUGCAUCCUCCGCUGCCAGCCACGUCUAGCACACCAGAGUACAUGAACCAGUCCAUGCUAUUUGAAAGAAAUCCUCGCUAUGAAAACGUCCCGUUGAUUGGGAGCAGUUCACCACCACCAUCGUAUUCGCCCAGCAUGAGGACCACCUACCUGUCUAUGACUGAUGCCCAAAUCAGGCACUUCGGGACAGACUUCCAGAUGUAGGUUUCCUGGUUCCUCAUCCUCAAGGAGUCUCCAGCAACAUGAGAUGCGUUCCUUUAAUAGGUCAAGUAGAUGGAGAUCUCUCAUGUCAUCUCAAAGGAGGACACCUGUGGAUGUUAAAGCACAAAUAUUUAAUGCAUCAAAGGGAGUUCUCCAGACAUUAAAGUCUCAUCUAGAAAUGCAAAGGAUACCUCCGAGGUUUGUGGGUGAGCUCUGACCAUGUAAAUAUUCGCUUAUUCACCUCGUCAGUAAGUGGCUCGUCAGAUCGUUAAUAAAUUGUUUUCUGUGAUAGCAGCGAACUGAAUCAGCCUGGUGUUUGAGAAUCAGAAGAAGAUCUUAAAUGUUUUUGAUUAAUACUUUAGCUUAGGGCAUGCAAAUGGUGAUUAUAGCUGAAGAAAAUGAUAAAGAAAGGGAAAAAAACAGUUGCAUUUUACUACACAAAGGCCUCGAGCUCCAUUAUGAGCCUUUAAUUAAUAUUCUCUGACUUUUGUACUGGUUAAAUAGACAGCAAUAUGUUUUGCAUGAGGAACAAGGAGUUUUGUUGGUGCCUUUAUUUAAAUAUACUGUACUUCUAUGCUGUGAUGUGAUUUAGUAGUCAGUUAUGUCUUAUUCAUUUCAGACAAAAUUUUAUGAGGCUCACGGCACAGAACAAAGAUAAAUAUUAAUCAUAUUCUGCAAUGGUAGAUUUGGAUAUGGAAAUCACGGACAGUCUAGUUGUUUGUUUGGUUCAAGCUUCUUAAAGUAUCUUUGUCUGAAUGCCUGUGUAUUCAAACUAGAUCAAAGCUGGCAAAGCCUAUUUUUCUAGUUUAAGCUCUUUUGUGUGACUGACGUACUGUAUAGACCUGGACAUUUCUAAAGAAAUUAUUAUUAUUGAGGUUCACAAUACCACUCUGCAGACAGGAAGCUGUUUAUUAUCCCGAUGAGUGAAUGAAAAAGAAUAAAAUUA